AAUAAUAUAUAAAUACUGCAUUAUUUCAAUACAGUAUUAAAACCUCAACAGCUUCUGACGUUUGCAGUGGAGAGAGCAAUGGCGUGUGUAAAGAUCGCAGUUAUCGUAGCUCUGGCGGUGACCACGCUGGCUUCCCCAGUCUACGAGAGUCAGUCGUACAUCCAAUCCAGUUCUGGGCAUGCGAUCUCUCAUGCACCUAUACUGACCUACGCACAAGAACCUGUGAUCACUUACGCCCAUGCUCCAAUAGAAGCCGAACAUUACGCUCCCCCUCAGUACGAAUUCAAAUAUGGUGUCAAUGACGAACACACUCAUGACAUCAAGGAGCAGGCCGAGAGACGUAUUGGGGACAAAGUUGAAGGUUACUACAAGUUACUUGAAGCUGACGGCACCACUCGUACCGUCCACUACGCCGCUGACAAACACACCGGGUUCAACGCGCAAGUCGUGAAGUCCGGUCACGCUGCUCAUCCACCACCUGCACCAAUCCAGAAAGUGGUAGCUGCUCCUAUCCUGACAUACACCCACUCAACACCUACUCUGAGCUACAGUAGUGGGCUGGGGGCCUACCAUUAAGAUCCGCGUCAUAUUUAAGGUUCGACUGCUGGUCAAGCUCUAGAAAUAGGACUAUGUGUGUUCGCAAAUGUGAUAUAUUUUAGUUAAUGUACGAUCGAUCGCAAAAAUUUGUAUUUCCAGAUUGUUUCUACUGUUAGAAAAAAAAAAGUACCUGGCCAUGCUCAUGUCAUCUAUUUAUGUCUGUUAACAAAUAUUAAGCUGGAAUAAUGCCUUCUGACUUUCAUCACCCAUUCUCUGCAUUUUGUACAUUCACGAGUACAGUACAAUCUAGUGGAUGGAAAGAGAAACUGUCUUCAACGGAAACAGUUUUAAUAGAUUGAUUUGAAUUAUGUGCACAGAAUAUUUUCAUAAAAAUAUGAGUAGCUAUAAGUUAUUAUUUAUAAUACUACUGUACCAAUUUUAUUGUCAGUAAAUAUAUUGAUAUCCACUUUAUAUUAA